AAUAUAAAUUUCUGAAAUGUUACGGUUUGGUCUUUUGGUAUGGUUGAAGAUGGACUUGUUUGACCACAUAUUUAUAGGCAAAAUUGUUAUUUUGGUGCCUUGUGGGUGAUGAAUACUUGCAGGAAUGUUUGUAGUGACAUAUGUGGAAUUUACCAAACUUAGCAAAGAAAUUGGAGAGAGUAUAGAUAUAAAUGAAACAACAUGAAUCCCAUGACCAAUGUGAAGAAUAUUAAGAAGUUAAGUGAACUUGAAUUGAAACGGAGUCUGAAGACAUCAUGGCAUGACCAGUAUAAAGAUAGCGCCUGGAUUUUCAUCGGAGGUUUACCAUAUAAUUUAACAGAAGGCGACGUUAUUUGCGUCUUCUCACAGUAUGGUGAGGUGGUUAACUUGAAUUUGGUUCGUGACAAAGCAACUGGCAAAUCCAAGGGGUUUUGUUUCCUCUGUUAUGAAGAUCAGCGAAGCACUGCGUUGGCAGUUGAUAACCUGAAUGGCAUAAAACUGCUUGGCCGCACGAUACGUGUCGAUCAUGUGGCUGACUACAAGCCACCAAAAGAUUCUGAUAAACUGGAUGAAGACACACGGAAACUCCACGCUGAGGGAUGUGCACCAUCACAUGGCACUCUACCCAUGAAACAUGAAGAAGAAAAGAAAGAUAAAUCUAAGACAAAAUCAAAGAAAGAGAAGAAAAAGAAAAGGAAGAAGAAUAAGAAGAAGAAGCAGGUUUCAAGUAGUGAAGAGAGUUCCAGUGACAAUUCCAAUUCACGUUCGGGUUCUGAAAGUGAUAUGAACAGUGAAGACAGUGUUGCAAGCCCACGCAACAAAAAACCGAAGCAUAGCACGAAAAAGGGUGGAAAGAAACGUAAGAAAAAGUUAAAGGUUGCAACAAGUGACAGUGAUACAUCAACAGAAAAUGAGACUAUUAGGGAAUCUCGUGAGAAGCGCCGUAAACUUGUUGAGAAAAUUAAGACCCUGGAGGCUGUUCUUAAUUAUACUAGAAAAGCAGCAAAGAAACCAGGUGUCAGUGAAGAGUCAUCAUCAAAAUCUAGGCCAGAGGAGUCAGUUGACAAGGCACAUGAUGAAUAUUAUAGUCGCAAAAGUGAGAAAAGUUCUACCAGUGAACGAGCUGAUAAACAGAAAAAUCAUUAUUAUGAGAAUGGAACAUCAGACAGAAAAGCAAAUCGGGAUGACAGCGUGUCCAGGAGGCAGGAGCAGGCAGCUGGUGAGGCUGGGGAGUGUGACGACAGGCGGUGGAGAAGGAGCAAUGGUACAAAUACUUCAAGAGAUAGAGAAAGGUUCCGACCACAAGAGAGAAGUCGAGACAGAGACAGAGAUUGGGAUCAUAACAGGUUUAGGGCACGUGACAGAGAACGAUUUACCAGGGACAGGGACCGUGACAAACAUUGGGAUAGGGGUCAGGAACGUUAUAGGAGGUGAGAGGUUAUGUUGGAGUAUUUGUACCUUUCAUUUCAUGUCCUACAGGUAUGCAGUCUCACUGCCAAGCCACACAAGAAGCAGAAAGUGCAGAAAAUGAAACGUUUUGCCUGGUUGUGCCAUCUGUUAAUGUGAGUGCCAAGUAGGUCAGAUAUGUGAACAGGAAUUACAUCUGAUAGAAACCCAGUCUAAGCAUCAGCAGACUGAAUCAUUGGUUGCAGAUGCAACAGGGCCAGCCUCAUUGUCUGAGUGAAUUAGUUCACUGGCAGGGGCAAUCAGAAAGUAAAUUUACAAUAAUAUUAUAUUUGAGCAUCCUGUUGCAUUUCUGUAUCACUCACUCACUUCCAUCUUUAAUGCAACUUAAAUCUAUUCACAGUCUCUUUAAUUUAAAAUAACAUUGAAAUCACAUCAAUUGUUACAAGUUUUGGUCCUGUGUGGCCAUCUUCAGGCAACCAUUCACUCUUUGAAAUUGUUGCACUGCACCAAAUCGUUAAGUCAGUAUAUUUCCAUGCUGUUUCAUAUAGUUCACAGUAAAAUGUGUUUGUCUGAGACUCUCUCUCUCUCUGCAUUCUGCUUUAUUUUCCCUAUGUGGUGUCCAUAUUUGUUCCCUUUUCUUAUGUAUGUUCUCCCUUAUAUACUUACGCUCAGCUAAUGAGGACGUACAUAAGAGGGCACAAGAUGGACACCACAUAAGGAAAAUAACGCAGAAUGCAGAGAGUUUUAUUCUCAGACAAACAUAUUUUAUGUAAGAUUUGAGGUUUUCACGGCAUUGUUAACACCACAUCUACACGGCGCCGCAUCCCAGAAGACUGCUUUCUUCAAACAUAUUUUAGUCUGAACAACGAUAUGCAAUGGCAUGGAAAUAUAUUCACUUAACGAUCCAGUGCAGUACGACAGUUUCAAAAAGUGAACAGUUGCCCAGUGGGGCCAAAACAUGUAGCAAUUGGUGUGAUUUUAAUUUAUUGAGAGAUUGUGAACAGUUUUAAUUUCCAUUAAAGACGGAGGAGAAUGAGUAAGUUUACAAGGCAUAUAAUCCCACAACUAAAGGAUCUGCUCUGUUGAGGGUAUGUUUGGAUGAAUUUGUUAGUCAUUGUUAACAACACUGUAUGUCAGUUUGCCUAUUUGCCACAUCUUAUGUGUAGUAGUCAGUUGAACGAACAUAGCUACUCGACUGGAGUGGUGGUCCAGGAAUGAAGUCCAUUCUGAAUUCUGUCUUUGAAUGCAAGAAAUGCAUUGGUGACAGAAAUUCAGAGGUUUAUAAUGAAUGUGCAAUGAAUCAGCAGAGUGUAAGGAACUGGUGUGUGGAAUUUUGAGGUAGAAGAGGUAUUGCAGAGAAUUAUAAGGAAGCAGCAGACCCAGAAUAGCAUGGGAUGUAGCAGCAGUGUACUGUCGAAAGUACAGUCUGCAACAGAAGGAUUGCAGCAUGAUGUGUAUGUAUUGCAUGGCAUUCUUGUCAACUUCAUUCAGGACGUAGGGUAUUUUAACCGAGUGUGUGCACAUUGAAUGCAUCAAGCUCCAGUGGAAGACUGCAAGAAGGAGUGCACUGUGCACUGUCAUAUUUGCAACAGUAUUCCAUCAGAUUUUUGUGAGUUCAUUGUCACAGGAGGUGAGACAUUUUAGCAUACUCUAAAACAAAAUUCACCUGCAUGGAAUGGAAACACCCGCGUUUUCCACAGUUAGAAAGAUCAAGGUUAUGAGGUCUUCUGGCAAAGUGAUGGCCUUAUUGUUUUGGGAUCACAGAGAUGUGGCAGCCUCUUGUACAACCCUGAUAUGUUUACAUGUGGUAAUUACACUAAGUGUCCUGUAUUACCUCAGAAAGGUGUUCUGCUUCUGCUUGAUAAUGCACAGCUGCACUUCAACAUGCCAACCAAUAACUUUUCCAGCAUUUUCAGUGGAUGUUCAAGCAUUCUACAUAUAGCCCUGAUUUGGGACCUAGUGAUUACCAUCUUUUCCCAGCACUGAAGGACCAUCUCAGAGGUCAUAGGUUUCAAAUUGAUGACAUGGAAGCACCAGUACAGUGAUGACUGAAUUCAGGGGACAGACUUCUACCAACAGGAGAUAGAAAAACUCAUCCCAUGGUUUGCAGAGAUUAUGUUGAAAAGUAGUGGGAUGACAGUAUAAUUACCCUGAAUUUUUAAUAUCAGGGAUUGUAAUAUAAAACCUAAAAUUUUAUGUUUUAAACUUACUUUCUGACUGACUUUUGUGGUAGAACCCAGAGUGGCGUUGAAAAUGAUCCUUAACCAGAGCAGUCUAGUCUGUCAUCACAGUCUCCUUUCUCCCUAGUCUUCCAUGUGGGCAUUGUUCAAGAAUUAUCUGCACCUGCAUUCUGCAUACUUAUGUACAUUUACAGCUCCUCUUUUUAUCCAGAAUUGUAUUUUUUAACCCUACUAUCAGUGGCACCAAAAGGAUAACCAUAUAGACUUGUUGGUUUGGAAAUACUGGUGCCAUUCAGUAUAUAGUCCUAAGAUUAUGUACCUUUCCUUCAACUGCAUGAGAAUUGUUCUGUUUAUCUCCUUUCUUAAAGUGAAAUAUAUAAAACACGAUAUUAUAGAAGUUAUAAUAAUCUAUGUAUGAUCAGAUUUUGUAUAAAAAAUUUAGGAAAUUUUAAUAUUGUGGAAAAUUGAAUGGGUUUUUGUUCAGGAGGUGUUAUGCCAUGUCAUGACGAUUCACUGUAAAUGUAAAAGUUUCAAAUAAAAAUAAUUUUGAAAUAUA